AUGAAUUAAGGUUUUCCUUAAAUCAGUAACAAUGAUGCAAAAGAAAGUCUACAAGGGAUUUUUACAAAGAUUAAGAAUAAGAAAUAUAUUCGUUCUGUGUUUAUUCUUAAGGAUCUUAAACCUAUUAUGAAUAAAUUGGAAAAUUAAGAUAAGCAAAAAAUAAUAGAAUAUAUGUAGAGAGAAUUUAGAGAUGAGGAAUUUCUUUAGCAAAGUGGAUAUGUAGAACUACCUGAUAACAAACAAUUGUAUAAUAAAGCAAGGAUUGAGAAAGAUAAAUAACUUAUAUUUUAACAACUCAGAGUUCCUUAGUUUAAUAUUGAUAAUGAGAUUCAUGAAUUGAUUUCAAAAAAUGAGUAAAUAACAUGUAGAUUAGAUGAUAAGAUUUUUGAUUUACUAGAUCUAAAUGAAUUUAGAUUAGGCAAAAUGUUCUUUCCAUAAAUUGAACUACUUUAAAUUUUGAUUUCCUUUUUUUUCCAUCCUAUUAUGUAAGAGCCACCUUAUCUUUUAGGAUAAAUCAUAGGCUCAUAAUUAAUACCACAAAUAUAUUAAUUUUAAUAUUAUUUAGAAACAAAAUAAAAUACUAGUUAGGAUUCAUACAACAAAAUAGUCUAAACAUUAUAAGAUAGACAACUACAUAUUAUAUCCACAGAAAAUUUUGAAAGGGCUAUCUCAGAAAUGAAAAAUUUCAAAAUUUUUGCUGUUAUUAAUUCUCUUAUUGAAGAUCAUUAAGGCUUACAAGAACUUUUAUUUUAAAAAUUAUGUAGUUUGCUGAAUUGCACUAAAUAAUAAUUGGAAGUUGAAUCAAUAUUAUCUCAUCUGUUUAAUAUUGAAAAUAUUAAUGAAGAGAUUGAAGAGUUGUACUUUAGUAUGAUAUUUUAUUUUUGGAUGAAAUAUCUAACUAAAUAUGAUAUAGAACAAGGGUUUUCUGAUCUAAAACAGAUUGACAUAAUGUCAGAAGAUACUAAAGAGAGCAGAGAAAUGACGAUGCAAGUCAUUAUCUAAGAAUAAAUUAAAUCUUAUGUAGAUUAAAUAUUACAACAUUUUGUUUACGUAAUGUUUUACUUUUCAAAAUAACAGAGUUUAGCCAAUUCCGAGGAAUAUUAAAGAUAUAAGAAAUAAAGUUUAGAAUUACAAGAAAAGAUUGCUUCAAAUUCUUCUAAAUUAUCAUUUUAAAUUUGGUAAGAUGUUUCUUAGCUAUAAUAUUGUUAAUUGAUAAACAUUUAAGGAUUUGAAAACUAAAUAAAGUUCUUUUGGAUGACAUAACUAAAUUCUGAAUUAUUCAAAAUUAUUAAUAUCUUAUUUACAUAAGAACAAACUCAAAAUUUAUUUUAAGCAACUAAAUUAUUAGAAGAACAACUCAGAGUAAUUAAGUCAAAAAAUAAAGAUUUGAUUAUUUAAAAUAUCUUAAUGCUGUUACCUUAAAGCCUAUCAAAUGUUGAGAAAAAAUAAAAUAUUCUAUUAAUAACAUUAUAUUUAAAAUAGAAUUCCCUUAAUAGACAAGCCUAGGAAUUAAUCAAGGAGUUAUUCCUCUAAACAAACAAUAAAAAUGAAACAGAGUUCAUACAAUUUUGCGAACGUUUUUAUGAAUUGGAUGAAGAAUAGUAUGAAAUUUGGUUAGAAAGUGUUGAGUUUUUUUAAAUUUUUAAAAUAACACCAAAAUGUUUAAGACAUAAAAAAACCCAUAAGCAAUUUCCAACUAAUUAAUAAACAGCUAUAGAACAAUUCAGUUUUUCAGUUCCAGAAGAAACUAAUGAGUAAUUAGGAUUAGCCAUUAGUAAUUGGGUUAGAUGUAUGAAUGCAAAUACUACAUAUGAUUUAUUUAAUUUUUAUUUUGAUAGCUUAAAAAGAGGUGAAUCAGUAAAUCUUCUAGUUUAACUCAUAAAUGAAGAAAUAUUUAAUCAUUAAUCUAAAUAUGGAUUUUUCAAUAGCAAAGCUCUUUUUUAGAUUUUUUAUAAUAAUUCAAAUUAAGAAUUAAAAUUUUUGUUGCUUAAGUACUAUUCAAAGUGUAAUCCUGUACCCUUCAUUUAUUAAGCUUCUUAAUUUCAUGGUAUUCAUAAUUUGGAAAGUUUAUAUGAAAUAAAUGACAAAUUGUAUUAUUUGAUGCAAAAAAGUGUUAAUAUAAUCAAUUUUUCGUUAAGCAAGAAUUAAAGUAAAAUUGGUAAAACUGAAUUGAUUAAUAAAAUUUUCUAUAAAACGUAAAAGUUUGAAAUCGGAGAUAAUUGUUUAAUUAAUGAAAACACAAUAGAUUUAAUGUUUGAUUUCGAAUUCAAUGGUACAAGAAAAUUUAUGAUAGCAGAUACUCAUGGAUAUAUUCCACCUGAAAUAUUAAUAAAAGUAUUACCCCUAUUUCAAAUUUGUAUUAUUCAAAUAGACUCAGAAGAUAAAUUGCAAGAAAAUAUAGAAUCUAUUAAAUCCCUUUAAAUUUUUAAUUCUCAUAAGAUUUGCCUUCUAAUUCGAAAUUCAAAAAAAAAUAAAAUACCUGAAUAAUUUUAACAAGAAUUAAUCCAAUUAAAAAUAAAUUUUCAUUAGGUUUCCGAUCUAUCAUGGAGAGGAAUAGAUAAAUAAUUACAGUUAAACGAAAUUGAAGGUGCCUCAAAAUUUGUUUUGUAUAACAUUUUUUCAUUUGACUGUUAUCCACACAAGUCUUAACAAUUAUAUUUGGAUAUACUAUAGAAAUUUAAUAAUAAGUCAAAAGAAAACUCUGAGGUUAUUCUUUAAAAUAUAAUAAUUUUAUAAGAGAUGAAGUCAGAAUUAUAAAAAUUAAUUAAAUUACCUGAUGGAUUUUAUGCUUUAGAAGCCUUUUCAUUGCGUCACUCUCAUUAUCACUACAAAAUCUUAAAAUAAAAAUUGAUUGAAAAGUCACUAGAGCCAAAUAGUGAUCAAGCCAAAAUAAAGCAGUUAAGAGAUGAUAUUGAAGAAAACUUAAUGUUUAAAAAAUAUAAGGUUCCAACAAAAUUACUCAAUUUAUUUUAACAAGUCUUAAUGCAAGAUCAUAUGUAGUAUUUAUGGUUUCUUGAAAAAUUGAGGUAAUUUAAUGAGAAAAAUACAUAGAAAUUAAAUGAAGGGAAUUAAAAUCCAAUGAUGAGGAGUGCAUCAUCGUUAAGAAGUACAAGUCAAGGCUAAUAACAGAUUUUAUCUUCAGAUAUUAAUUUAUAAGUAUCAGAUGUGUAAGAUUAGAUAAAGCAUAUAGAAAAUGAAUUAAAAUUUAAUAAAAUUGGUAUAGAGAUCUUUUGGAGAGAACUGAUAUAAUUUGGAAGUCUAGAAAGAUAAUUAUCAAUAAAUCCUAUUGAAGCACUUUGUUAAAUUAUCAGAAAAGGGGAACCUUUUGAACUUUUGGAUGGAGAUUCCUAAACAAUUGACAAAGAAAUUUUGUUAAAAAUAAUAUAAAAGCUCCAUUAAGAUAAGAAUGAAAAAGUAUUAGUCUUAAGUGUCUUAGGACCUUAAAGUUCAGGUAAAUCCACUUUAUUGAAUAAUUUAUUUGGAUGCCAUUUUUGGACAAGUGUUGGUAGAUGCACAAGAGGAGUUCAUAUGCAAUUAAUAAAAGUGAGAAAUAAAGAAAAAUUUGGAGGAUUAUUUAAUCAAAUUCUUCUUUUGGAUACUGAAGGUCUUUAAAGUCCAAAUUAAACAGAUGUUGAAUUUGAUUAAAAAAUGUCCUUGUUUAUUUUAGCUAUCAGUGAUAUCAUUCUGAUAACUGUUAAAGGUGAUAUCAACUUAUAAUUCCAUAAUCUUAUUGAAGUGUGUUUAUUUCAAUAUAGCUAAUUAAUAUAAAAUCUCUCAGGAGUUAAAUAAAUUGUAUGGUGUUUUAACCAAAAUAACGACGUUUAAAAGAAAGGGCCUUUUUUUGAAUAAAUUCAAUAGUUGGUUAUGAGAGUGGAAUAGAGAAAUUAGCAACCAAGUUAAUCUGAUCCAGAGAUCAAAGAAUAAUAUAAUGAAUAAAUUGAUUAUGCAAGGAUUAUUGAUAUUGAUACAAAACAUAUAUGGGUUUUGGGAUUUGCUUAAAUUCAGAAUAUUUGGGAUUUUCAAAAGUGGACUUAAUCAAGCCUUAAUGAAACUUUUUCUAAAAAUGCUUAUUACAAUGGAAUAAUGAUGCUUAAUAAUUAUGUAGAAAAAUUUUAAUUCUAGAAUGAAAUUGGUUAACUUUAAACUCUCUCUUAAGUUUUAUCAGCGAUUGAUGGAACUUGGAACAAUAUUCAAAAAUUACCGGACUAUAUAGAGUUUUCAGAAUUACUUCAAUAUGACUAAAACAAAGACAUGAAAAUUGAAUACUAAAAGAUCUUUAAAAUUAAAAGUGCUGAGUUUGAUUUCAAAAAUCAAAUUAGAAUUUAAAUUUAGGAGGAAGCUCUAAAAAAUAAACCAUCUGAAGAAUUUUUUAUUUAAUUAAAGGAAAAAAAAAUUGAUGAUAUUAAUAAUAAACUAAAAACUAUUUAAGAAUCAAUCAGUGAGGAACUUCAAAAAUUUAGGUAAACUAAGAAGAUUUCUAAAAAUAUUUAUUUAAAAUAAUUAGAAUAGCUAGAUAGAUAAUUUUAAAAUGAAAGAUUGGUAUGUAAUCUAAUAAUUACAGAAUCAAUCCUUUCUCAAAAAAUUAAAUAUGAUUAAGAUUCAAGUUUAUAAAACUUAGAAAAGGCUUUUAGAACUUCAUAUGACAAUUAGAGAUACAUGCAGCUGGAUUAAGAUCAAAUCUUGGAGUAAUUUAAUCAAGAGUGGGAAAAUAUUUUAGAAUAAUUUUCCAAGACUUUAAAUUCUUAAUUUGAUAAAUUUUAAACAAUGCAAUAUGAGACAAUUAAAGGACAUUAUAAUGACUUUAUUAUUAAAUCAAGUCUGGAAUCUGAAUAUCUAAAUUUGUUAAGAUAUCAGAUAAAUAAUACUCAACCAUCAAAAUCUAAUUAGGAAUUUUAGUAAUUGUUUUAGAAGUAUCUUGAGGAGUUACAGGAAAAUUAAUUUAGGCCUAUCCUUAAAGCAGAUUAAGAAUUUUUUCAUAUCUAUGAUAAGCCAAUAAAAGAUAAAAUUUAAGAAUUUGAGGAAACAAAUUGUAUUAAUUUUCUAAAAUUUUAUACAUGCUAAAUAUAAGUUGAAUAUAUAGCAAAAAAUGAGAUUAAAAUAUAUUUAGAUAAUCAUAUCAUCGAUGAUUUUGAAUACUUAUUGAAAGUUAAUUAAGACAAUUUUGAAGACAUCUUACAAGAUAAUUAAAACAAAGAUAUAAAUACAUAUUUUUUUUAAACCUUUUUCGAUUAUUUUCAGUUAGAAUAUGAUAUUUAAUUGAUUGGAUAAAAUGCCUUCUGA